CAUUUUAUAAAACAAACAAAACUCUGCUCAUAAAAGUCAUCUGGAAUAAUCAACAAUUUCUGAUUAUUACUUAGUAGUAAUAAGCAAUCUGCUGUGUUGGCAGAAUGCUGGAAAGAACCUGGUGAAGGUUUGUGCAGUAACAGAAAAUGUGUUUCCAGGAAGACGCAAUUCGGGAGUUUUUAAAGGAUGUACGGUUUUAUGGAGAAGACCAGCUGUACUGUGAUAAAUGUGAAGACAAUCGUGACACUACUGUUAAAUAUGAACUAAAGCAUCAUCCAGAGAUUUUGAUUUUGCUGCUGAAGAGGUUUGAAUACAACUAUCAGUGCAUGUCAUACAGUAAAGACAAUCGUGCUGUGGAUGUUUGUCACACCAUCGACUUACCAGAGAACCAGACAUAUGAGCUGUAUGGGUUGGUGGAUCACUUUGGGACUCUGAGCGGAGGCCAUUACACAGCAACAAUCAAGCCUGAGGAUGAAGAAAACUGGUAUGAGUUCAGUGACUCCAGUGUGACACUGGUUAGUAACCAGAUGUUCCAGAAAAAGUUUGAGAGAUCCCAAAGUGCCCAUCUUCUGUUUUACAGAAAGAAAAGUGAGAUGCAAACAGACUAUACAAGCAUUUAUAUUGGGUCACAAUAUUGUAAUAUAAUUCAGAUACUGAAGAGGAAGAUGAAGGAACAGAUGGAGACGAAGAGCAGAAAAAACUGAGAGACGAUGACAAGAGUGAAAACGACGAUACGAGGAAAAUCACUUCAGACUGUGAUAAAAAUCACAACAAUUUUUGUUUGUCUUUGUUAGCUUUGUUACUUUUUGUAUUUGUAAUUAUCUGGAUUGUCAUUAUUGACAUGACAGUCAUUCUGAAUCAAUUCAUUUUCUUUGGUUUACUUUUUCUUUUAGGGUUACCUUAUUACUUUGGUGGAAAUGCAUUAAAAAAGACAAAAUAUCGGCGAGCCACUGUGUUUCACCACUUGUUUGUCAGAAAGGACUAAAUCAUGGUUCGCCUUAGAACGGAUCUAUCAAAUUAACUAAAUUCAAAUUUAUUUAGCUCACAAUUACCUGUGAACAAAUCAGUUGAAAAAUGUUCCAUUUUAACAAAACAAAAAUUUAAAAGGGGCAGCAUUAUGCAAAAUGGACUUUUCUGAACCUUACAUCAUGUUAUAAUGUCUUUCCUUCAUCAAAACAUGCCUAGAGCCUUGAUUAAUAUCCAUGACAACCAUUCAGCUCUUGGUUGCAUGGAGCGCCGCCGUCAAGUUUCCAAGUUUCCACCUCACAGAGAAGCCUUUCCCUCUCAGUCCCCCACUCGGCUCCUUCAGACUAGCUAGUAGUAAUUAGCAAACACCUAAUAAUGAGUAUCAGCUGAGCUCUUUAUACAAAUUGCUUCUCAGUAAAACACUGUUAAACACACUUUGAAAAACGUUGAUAAAUAGAUAAAUAGAGGAGCCAUGUUGUGAUCACUUCCUAAAGGUGGAGUUUCAGAAGUAGAAGCAGUUUCCAGAGAAACAGAGGUCCAAUUACAAGGCAUUAAAUUGCAAAGUCAAUUUUUCUUUGAAGUCAUAUUUAUAUUGAUAACAUUUUAACAAUUGAAGAUAACAUAGUUAUUUGACUAGUUAUUGUGAUAUAAAAUGGAAAUAUGUGCCUGGAAAAUACACAGUUCUGCUCCUAUAAGUUCUCACUUCUGUUGUUUCUUCUAAUUUCUUCUUGUCUUAUAAACAAUUUAUAGAAUCAACAGAUCCAAGUAAUCAGUUUGUCCCCUUGUGACAUUGUAAAUAUAU